AUGGCAUCUACCCGAAACCCUUCCCUUAAUAAAGAAGAGUUAUGCAACAAAGCAUCUAAUGAAUGGAAAAUACUAAAAAACAAUGAUGAAAACGUAAUUCAAAAUAAAAUUUCUAAAUACUUAACUAUGCUAAUUCAUAUUCAUGGGUAUGAAAUUUCAGAAGAAAUUCCACAUAAUGCAGCCUUCCAAAAAAGAAUUAUAGAACUGAUUAAAAAUACACAUAAUGAAUUAGAUGAAAUAAAAAAAAUGAUAGUGAUUACAACAAAUGCAGAAAUGAAAGCACUAUUUGUUUCAAAAAUUGAUAAUAUUUGA